AAACACGACACACUACGAAGCUUCAAAGAUAGUCAUAGGAAGGUCACAAGGAAAGCUUCAUUAUCAAGAUCAUAUAUCAAGCACACAAAUCAGCAACUUGAAAAUCAAACUCAAAAUGGAUGCAUACAAUCCAAUGUCUAUACCCUACAGUUAUAAAUCAGUAGGUUCACUAGAUAUCGAUUAUGAUGUUCCAAAUCAGCAAAAUUCUGAGUUUUUUGAUAAUUUUUUUGUUUUUGAUGAUUGGUUAAACUACGAAGAUCAAGCAUCCAUUGUUCCUGAAUAUCCAGAUUAUACUCCAGUUUAUUCUUCACCUGCCAUUGAGGAUCAUGGAAGUCAAUCCAAUGGAAGCAGUAUCACCCACCUUCAAGGAAAUAAUAAUGGUGCCACUGGAAUUCCACAGGCCCGAAAGGCUACAAAAGAGAAAGUUGCCUUCAAAACGAAGUCACAAGUAGAGAUCCUAGAUGAUGGUUUUAAGUGGAGGAAAUAUGGAAAGAAGAUGGUGAAGAACAGCCCAAACCCAAGGAAUUAUUAUCGUUGUUCAGCAGAAGGAUGUUCGGUGAAGAAAAGAGUUGAAAGAGAUGUAGAGGAUGCGCGUUAUGUAAUCACAACCUAUGAAGGUGUUCAUAACCACCAACGUCCUUCUAACUUUUGAUAACAUGUAUUAUUAUUGUUAGCUCUUGUACGUGAAAGUACAUUUGUUGUAUUAUGUUUUUCACUCUUGUAAGAAGAAAGUUUGCAAUUUGGUUAUACCUUUUUCUUAUGAUCAACUUGGGAUUGUAAA